AUGGAAGUCGCUCAAGUUCUCCGCAUGAAUGGAGGGAUGGGAGAAACCAGUUAUGCCUGUAAUUCAACUAUCCAGGGAAAGGCUAUAUCCAUGACUCAGCCCAUAACUGAGGAGGCCAUACUUCAUCUCUGUUCCACCACUUUGCCCAAGAGCCUUGGGUUUGCUGACUUGGGUUGCUCCUCCGGACCCAACACUUUGGUGGUGGUCUCCCACUUUAUCAAUGUUGUCCACCAGAAAUGUUGCCAGCUGGGUCGUUCCACCCCGGAGCUCAAUGUGUUCCUGAACGACCUUCCAGGGAAUGACUUCAACACCAUUUUCAGGUCCUUGCCCGAUUUCUACAAGAAAUUGAUGCAAGGCAAAGGUGAUGAUGAUGACUUCGGGCCAUGUUUCAUAUGUGGAGUUCCAGGUUCUUUCUAUGGCAGGCUUUUUGCAAGCCAGAGUCUUCACUUUAUUCAUUCUUCAUACUGUUUGCAUUGGCUGUCUCAGGUUCCUGGGUUGCCGGAGAUAAACAAGGGGAAUAUUUACUUGGCGAAAACAAGCCCUCCAAGCGUUGUUAAAGCAUAUUUGGAGCAAUUUGAAAGAGAUUUUUCUGUGUUCCUUGGAUCUCGUUCAGAAGAAGUGGUUCCCGGAGGGCGUAUGGUCCUAACUCUUCUAGGUAGGAGGAGCGAAGAUCCCUGUAGUAGAGAGGGUGGUUAUUCGUGGGAACUGUUGGGACAAGCACUCAAUGACUUGGUUUCACAGGGAUUAAUAGAAGAGGAGAAAGUGAACACAUUUAAUAUGCCCAUAUAUGCACCAUCUCCAAGAGAAAUGAAGUCUGUGAUAGAAAGAGAGGGAUCCUUCGACAUUGAUAGACUAGAAGCUUUUGAGAUAAACUGGAAACAAGAAGAUAACCUCGGUGAUAAUGAAACAAACAAGUUGAGAGAUGCACAAAACAUAGCCAGGUAUCUCAGAGCUGUGGUAGAACCAUUGCUUGCAAAUCACUUUGGGGAGGCUUUGAUGGAUAAAUUAUUCUGCAGAUUGAGGGAGAUCCUGGCCGACCGCAUGCUCAAGGAGGAUGCUAAACUUGUUACUGUCAUCGUUUCCCUCACCAGAAGGAAAUAUUAA